ACAGUCAUCAUAUAACACCAAUCAACUACCUAGGUACCUACCUAGGUACCUAAGGUGUAGGUGAUCUGACGUAGGUAUAGACUUCCGCGAAUAGCGCUCGAGAUCCUUCAAUUUUUUUUAAUACAUUUAUGUUAUGAUAGCCGCCCCCAAAAAUCUCCACCACGUCUUUGCGGGCUUGCGGACUUGCUUGCGAUUGAACGUACCAGCCGUAACCAAGACAGUUGUCUUCGCCAUGGCGCUAGCAACGUGUACCGGACAAACCUAACAGCAGUCAAGACAAAAAAGGUACAGUAUCUACCAUACAGUAACCAUACCAACAUAUUCACGUUGGGGGGAGGAGGAUUAGGUAGAUUGCGUUGUAUUGUACCAAGAACUUUUACAAGGGCUUUUUUCUUUUUUUCUUUUUUCAGCCGCAACUUCUUCGGCAUUCCUUUCUUCUGUGGCACACACACACGCACACGCACGCACGUCUUUCGGCCCUAUUCCCGAUUUCUAUAAUUAAAAAUACCUAAUCUAUCGUUGCUACGGACUGAUGUCACAAUCCCAAAAGUUGUUGAUCCCCCCCCGGAAGGACUCUUUGCGGCUCUAGAUCUUCCUGUAAACCCCGGAAAGGAUACCCGUUAAGCAACCGGUAUGGCUAGCCCUAGCCUGGAUUCGGUCGAUGAGGAUUCGGGUUCUCCACGCGAUGGCUACGGUGGCUUCUCACUCACCUCUGGUCGCUGCAGUUCCUCGAGUAGAAGUAUACAUUCAAACGACUCGUCAGACCAAGGGAUAAACUCAUGUACGAUCGGAUACGAUGAUCAGGUCGACGGCGGGUACACUCACCAGUCGAUACCUGACCAUGAAGACAAGGGCAAAGCUCCCGUAAGGGUCCGUAGGGAUUUUGUUAACAGGAAACAUCCUCAGGAUGCAGAGAUACUACUACCUAAUGCAAACCCGCAUUCACGCACAGAGCUUACAAAUACCGAGAGUCAAAAUGAGAAUCUGGAGUCGCGCGAAUCCCCUCCUCCUCCUUCUCCUCCUACUGCCACUACUGCAUAUCCCGUAAACUCUGCGUAUAAGGAACCGCUGGAUGAACCCCUAUCCGAGCAUGGCGUCGGACUUAGGACCCAGCUGCUCUCCCCCAAACCCAGCCUCGAGGCGUUAAGCGUAGAAUCCGACUGUGAAAGCUUUAGGACGGCGUCGCCAAAGCUCUAUUUUUUGGACGACGACCGAGAACCAGACCAAGAUCAAAACGAAGACCAGAGACGGAGGCGAGACGCAGAAGAGUCGGACCUUGAAUCAGAGCCGCAGUCGCAGCCGCAGCCGCAGCCGCAACCGGCCGAUCCAGGACCGGCUGCAUGUGGCCCGCACGCUGGCGAGGAAGCCGAGGCGCCGGCCUUCCGGUCGCUCCAGUACGGAGAUCCCGGCUGGGAGAAGUCGGCCGACCGGCCGCCGAAGAAGCUACCUAUCCGGUUCAAGGAUGCGGUUGGCCGUAAAUUCGUCUUUCCUUGGGAAAAGGCGAAAACUUGGGCGGGCAUGGAGCGUCUAAUCCGAAACUGCUUCGCAUACGUCGACAUAAUCGGCCCCCACGUGAUCAAGGGGCACUACGACCUCUUUACAUUCCACCUGCCCUUCUCGACGGACGCGGGCUUCGAGAUGGCGCCGGACCCGACAGAGGCCCCUCUCACAACUACUGCCGCUGCUGCUGCUGCUGGCGGCACGUCGGCCCAACUCCCGGUCCCGCACGCGCCCACGCCACCGCCGGCUCUCGCGCUCACGCCGGUCGAGCAGUCCGCUGUGACUAUCCUCCCCGAGCUCUGGGAGGACCUGGUCGAGCCCGGCAUGUUCAUCCUCAUGCAGAUGUGGCCCAUGGCGCCGCUAGUUCCGCCUCCGCCCAUGCAGCAGCAGCAUCAUCCUCACCAUGCUCAUCAUCAUCACCACCCUCCCCCUCUCCCUCCUGCCCCACCUGUCCACCCUAACGUCCUGGAUUGGAUCGGUGGCGGUGGUGGUCUUGGUGUUCGCGGCAGAGGUAGAGGCCGAGGGAGAGGUGGUAUGGGUCCUGGUCCUGGUCCUGGUGGAGGAAGAGGAGGAGGAGGAGGAGGAAGGGGUAUGAAUCCGGCGCUGCCCGUGUGGAUGAUGGAAAGAACGCCGACGCCGAGGGGGAAGACGAGGACGAGGAGGAAUGGGCCUUAGAUAUAUACCUGAGGUUAUACCAUAUAGUUACGAGUUUCUUUUUAUGGUAGAGGAGGUGUAUGGGAUAUUAUUGGGGAGGGCAGGGGAGGGAAGGGAAGGGAGGUUAAAGGGAGGCAUAGUUUGGACCGUCUUGGUCUUUGGAGUGGGGGAGUGAUAAACAACAUUUUAUUUCGUGUUUGUUUACUUGGGGGGGAAUUGUGUAAGUCGAUAGGUAUGUCUCUUCACCUCAACCAGCACGUACCUCCUUUGCUUGAUCUAAUGUACCUACAUAAUCCGCGUACUUCGUACAUCUUAUGAAAAGUGGGAAGGACCUGUCAUAAGCAUGAAUACUUACUAGGUACCUACAUACUUCGUAUAAAAGGUGAUAAUCGUUUGUUUUUCCAAACGAGAUUCACGAGGUCAUGACGAUACUUAAGGGAACCUCGGCCCUUAGCAUGUUACAGAAGGAGAAGCGCCUAACUUACUAUGUAAAGGCUCUAAAAGCGGGAACCUAGCAGGGCUUAGCUCCCUUGCAACGGUAACGUUAUUGGUACGCGCAUACGUUAAAAGAGGAGCAGUGUUACUUCAAUAGUACCCCACUCUUUGAAAAAAAGUUGGCAGAAAAUAGAGAUUCCCCCCUAUUUUCAAUUAAUUCAAUUACACCACCACAUCAACAACCA